ACGACAUGAACCCCUCAGCACGCCCCCCAGCAGCUGCACCGCUGAAUGAUUUUCCAGCUGUGUAUUUCGUUCUGUCCCUAUGCGCGUUUGGGUUAGUUGUUUGGGUUCAGCCACGUGUGAUGAUGAUGAUGAUGAUGGUGGUGGUGAUGAUGGCCGGGCGCAUUCCUUUGUUCUGCGCGCCCGGGGUGCAGCCGAGCCUCCGUCUGAGGUCCACAAGGAACAAAAUCCCCACGAGGAACUCUUAACAGACACCCAUGUCAUCCAUAGCACUUGGUUUACGUUGAAGAUGCUCUACGUCUACGGCUGUUCUACAUGAGUGAGAACUACUGAGUUUAUGCAAUCUGGAUCACAACGUUGUGUAAUAUGCAGACCAUUAAGAAAGAACCAACUUAUGGUGGAGAGGAUGCCCUGGUGUUAGCUGUGGCUUUGCAGGGCACGGACAGGGACCUGAUCAAUCACAACCUGUCGGACAUGUCCUUCAAGGCCAAGACCACCACGUGCCGCAGGAAGCGGGUGUUCAUCCCGGAUGAGAAGAAGGACAACCUGUACUGGGAGCGGAGGCGCAAGAACAACGAGGCGGCCAAGCGUUCGCGAGAGAAGCGGCGGCUCAACGACAUGGUUCUGGAGAGCAAGCUGAUGGCGCUGGGGGAGGAGAAUGCUUCACUCAAAGCCGAGCUGCUGUCCCUCAAGCUGAAGUUCGGCCUGGUGAGCUCGGCUGUGUACGCUCAGGAGGUGCAGAAGAUUUCCACCUCCACCAGCGCCCUCUACCAGGACUUUGUGUCACCUGGCAGUGCCAAAGGCUCCUAUGCUAGAGAGCUGGAGCCAUCGCGGUUAGGCAGUAGCUGCAUAUCAGUUAUCAAGCACUCACCUCACAGCGCCUUAUCUGAUGGGUCUGACUCCAGCAUGGUAACACAGGGCAGCCCCUUGAUGAACAUUUGCAGGACCCCUGAAAUCAUAAAGCAAGAGCCUAUGGAGAAUGGCAGCUACGCCAGGGACCAACCAAGUCCCUAUGAACUGUACAAAAAUUACCUGAACAGCCCCUUCCCUGGAGGCUACUCCCAGCCCUCCCCAUUCCUCCAGAUCACCAGAUCGUCCAGCAACUCACCCCGGACCUCGGACGGAGACGAUGGGACUGUGAGCAAGUCAUCAGAUGGCGAGGACGAACAGCAGGUUCCCAAAGGUCCGGUGCCGUCCACCGCAGACCCCAAGAGCGUGAUAGUCUCUGCCCUCAAAGUGCCAGAAGCCAAUGGCUCGGCCCUGCCCCAUAAACUGCGGAUCAAAGCGCGGGCCAUCCAGAUCAAAGUGGAGGCGAUCGAUCCGGACUACGACUCCUCGGGGAAGCCCUCUUCCCCCAUCGAUAUGUCUGCAAGAGGAUGCUACCAGAUGGCUCAUGGUGGUACGCCUGAGUACACACAGUCAUCUCUUAGCCCACUGUCCCUGCAAGUGAACAAUGUCCAAGACUGGAACCACCAGCCUGAGUAUUGGCACAAAGACCACCGGGAGGCCCCGCCAAGUGGCUGCAAGAACAGACUUUGCCCUGACUCGCCAGGGCCUGUAAGUAGCAAACUUGUUGACCUUAAAGAUGGCUUGUACGCCAACUCGGAGUGCGAGAACUUGUACUUGAAAAAGGGCAUCGCCGACCUGUCAGCAGAAGUGGCCUCUCUGAAAAGGCUGAUUGCGACACGACAGGGGUCCGUUAUCGAGUCCACCAAAAGCACUACUGAACAUGACUUGGUAUCAAAAGGAUGUUUCUCAAACUGAGGCUUCUCUGUUUGCACAACACCUGUUUUCCACUGUGUCUGCUACUGCACCGUGCUGUUCAAAUGGUGUCUAAAAGCUGCAGUUCAUUGAGAUGAAUAGUGUUUUUGUGCACUUACUGUUGUAGUUUGGCGUGUCCUGUUGAUGACUCCUUUUAGUAGCCUAGAAGCCAAAAUGUUAGGCUACUACAUGCAAAGUUGAUGCUUUCUUCUUCUCAAAAUUUUCUUGUACAUUGUAUGUUCUUUUUUUUGUUUGUUUACAAUAAAUGUAUGUAAGCACUGAAGCACCAUUUUGUCUUUUUCACCUUUCCUAGGGUCUGAAAAAGUGUAUUGUACUGAAGAUUUUGAAUGAACUGCAGCUCUAGAAUUGACAGUGCCUCCUUCAGUUUUUCUUUUACUUGUGUCAUUUCUAUGGAGGUUCAUAAUUUUUACCCUGGGUCCUAUUUAAAAGGAACAAUAGGUAGCAUUUUUUCAUGUUGUUGGAUUCUCAAUAAAAUGCAUAUUG